AGAAAAACAUAUUGUAUUCACAUUCAUUUGCUUGCCUCCUUGCCCUCUCUUUACUUCGAAGCCCAAAUACAUCUUCCCUUGAUAAAAACUCCACCAAUAAUACUCUUUAUCUGUCCCAUCUUACCGUUGACUUUGUAAAUUUAUAACACCCCAAAUAAACCAUUUCUCUUGCCAUGGCCAUGGCUAACCAGAUCAUUUGCAUCACAUAUCCAAUUCUACUUCCAAUCCCGGCUUCUCCCGGCUUCAAUAUUCCUUGAGGAUAUGAAUAGCACAACAGGGUAUACUGGACUUCUUGGCUCCAAUAACAUUGGUGGAUUUGGCUAUGGCAUUGGUGUAUCUAUUGGAAUCCUGCUGCUCAUUACAACAAUCACUUUGGCCUCCUAUUUUUGCGCACGAAACCAGCAGACGUCGGUGCCAAGCCAGGGAAGAAAUUCUGCAGAUCAGCAACUGAACCUGCAAAGCUUUGUUGUUGAAAUAGGGCUCGAUGAGGCCACUCUAAAGAGCUAUCCUACACUUCUGUAUUCGGAGGCCAAGCUACACAAGACAGACUCCACUUCUACAUGCUGCUCCAUAUGCUUGGCAGAUUACAAGAGCACUGAUAAACUAAGGUUGCUGCCGGAUUGCGGACAUCUCUUUCACCUCAAGUGUGUUGACCCGUGGUUGAGGCUGCACCCAACUUGUCCAGUCUGUAGAACAUCUCCAUUGCCUACACCCCUCGCAACCCCUCUGGCUGAGGUUGUUCCACUGGCAAGCAGGCGGGAUUGACCAAUACAGGGAAGGAAGAAUUAUGUUUCGCAGUCUUCGGAUACCAUCUGGACACCGCAAAAUCAUGUCAUCCUACUGGAUCAGCUCCAGUUAUUGAUCCAUAAAGCUCUUUCCCACAAUGUAAUCUGUCCUAUAUUCCUUUGUUUUUUUAGUUUUGAAACAAAUUUUAUGCCACACAACUGAUUGAAGUAUAUGCAGAUGAGAUUCAGUAA